GCCUGAGGCACCGAAGCUAAAUCUAUCUUUGGACCAAUUUCUGGGGAGAUGCAAUCAAGGCCUGUUCGGGCAUUGAGUGGCUUUCAAGGUUGUUCUUCUGCAUAUGUAACGGAAACAGGAAUGUCUAUAUCUCAAGUUAUCGCAGUAAUACUUAGUAGGAGAAAUAUAGAUCCUUUCUCUGCAACGGCCUCCAACGUCCUGGCACCCAGUACUUUGGGACCCAUAUAUUUACCAUCCGCGCUAAGGCUUAGAACUGAACAAACAGUAUAGAAAUGACAUCAUUUGGGACAAGUGACACAGCAUGCAUAGCUAACUAUGUUCUUGAUUGAAUAUGGGACACCCUCCGUUCUCAUCAAUAUGGCUUCAAGGAACUCCCCAGGCCACCUCGUACCAUGGCUCUUUUAACGCUUUCAAUAGCAUAGUACGGCAAAUCUCAAGAUAAUACACAUGAUGCUGUAGCUGAGUACAGAGCCAGCCCUAGGUUUGCACUGCACAUAUGAUUUUUGUAUAGAGUAUACCGCAAAUGUGAAGCAUUCCAUAAUUCCGUGAUAGUCCCUCGAUGUCUGAAUUGGGAUCUUAUAACCGGGUGUCAGGCUACUAUUGGACUUGAUUAUUGUCUCGUUGUCUCGUUAUUUCCCACUAUUGUCCCCGCUCGAGGCCCGCAGAUGACGAUCAUCUCGAUUUUGCGAUCAAACGGUUGCGCGGAACACUAUAGGAGCCGUCGUACUCUCGACACUUCGCCAGUUACUCGACACUGGCUUCCAAGGAUAAUGACGAGUAGCAUCUCGAUCAAUCACUAGCUAGAUUAUACAAGUUUUAUCUUUUCUGUGACAUUACUCAACAUGGUCCAGGACCUUGUGAGACGGAGGGCACGGGGCUGACUCAUCGGGAGGCAUACCCAGCACCUGACCAGCCCCGUAGCGAGUGACCGCUGGGCCUGACUUUGGGCGCCGCUUGGGGGCGUUACCGGGCAGAACCGUACGGGAGCAUGCUCUGGGCCUCUUUCUACGCUUCAUCUCUUCUCCCUCACCCCACCUUCUCCUUUCUCCCUUUCUUCUCCCUCGUGUCUCCUUCAACCGCACUUUUGCCUCCCAUAUUUUCUCCAAUCUUGCGCGAAGGUUCUUUUGUUUGUUGCUUACUCGAAAACUGUCUUACCUUAUCGACCCCGCUGCCGCCCGCUUCGCGCUUCAUUUCCCCGCCCCAGUUGGAGAUCGCUUGGAUUAGCCCAGUUACACAACCAUUGUAUCUCGCUGCUUGCUCAGCAUUCCAGAACGCCUCUCAUCCUACGACAACUGCAUUUACGAAGCCAUUCACAAUGAGUAGCCCCAAGCGCAGAAUUGAAACUGAUGUCAUGAAGAUGUUGAUGAGUGACUAUGAGGUCACCCUAGUGAACGAUAACAUGCAAGAAUUCUACGUACGAUUCAAGGGUCCGGAGGAGACACCUUUCGCUGGAGGCUAUUGGAAGAUACAUGUUGAGUUGCCGGAUCAAUAUCCUUACAAGAGUCCAAGUAUCGGAUUCGUGAAUCGAAUUUUCCAUCCCAAUAUUGACGAAUUGUCCGGUUCAGUUUGCCUUGAUGUCAUAAACCAAACGUGGUCUCCUAUGUACGACAUGAUCAACAUCUUUGAAGUCUUCCUUCCACAGCUGUUGCGCUAUCCCAAUCCCUCAGAUCCUCUGAACGGAGAGGCCGCCGCCAUGCUGAUGCGGGAACCCAAGAGCUACGAGGUGAAAGUACAGGAGUACGUCGCCAAGUAUGCCAGCAAAGAGGCCAUGGACGACGCUGGGGAAGACACUGAAUCCGAAGACGAGCUAAGCUCCGUCGGUAGCUAUGAGUCGGACGGAGAAGAGCCGGCUGGCAGACUGGACGAUGUUUAAAGUGGCCUCGCUCGAUUUUACGUGUUUGACUUUGCAAAUAUUCCCACGAUUUCUGCACCAGAACUUCGCUUUCAACUAUCUUUCGCCUGCCUCAAUUUUGAAAUCUUGGCUUCGUACUUUUAUAUGGCGUUUCUUGCGGCGGAGUUCUAAUGUUCAUGGCGCGAUCAUCACUACUGUUAUUUUUUUGCAGACCCGGAGUCAGGCCAUGCGACAGCUAUGAUGGGUGUUGGGCUGGGGUUUGGGGGCUGCUACAUGUAUCUUAAGCUCUUGUAUCUUCUCACCUAAUAGCAUGCUCCUCUCGUUUCUACAACCU